AUGUUGUCGCAUCUUCUCGUGGUUGGGCUUUUGAGCCUGGCGAAAACAUCUUCAGCGAGCUAUGGAUUCUACGUCGGCAAGGCACUCACACAGGAUGGUAGCGUUAUGCUGGGUGGAACGGGUGAGGAAGUGUCGUCGCAUUGGCUUCAGAUCUUCCCUGCCAAGGACCACAAGGCGAACGACACCAUUGUGGUCGGCGUUACGGAAGACGCAGUGAUGCCGGGAAAGUUGAUGAACAUUUCGCAAGCACCGCAUACCUUCCGCUAUCUUUCCAUGGAAUACUCCGACUUUGAAGGGUUUCCGGCGCCUCUCACAAAUGGUGGUGUUAACGAAAAGGGCGUUGCUGUACGCGAUAUAUGGGCUCAGAACCGGGAUGAUCUCAUUGCCAUGACACCAAACCCGCAGACGGGAUUGCAAUACUCUGACCUGGCCCGUAUUGUGCUGGAGAGAGCGAGUACUGCAAGAGAAGGCGUUGAACUUAUUGGACAAAUGAUCGCCGACUAUGGCUAUGCCGACUAUGGCGGUAACUCGCAUCUCAUCGCUGAUGCAAACGAAGGCUGGGUGGUUUGGGAGAUGUCAGGCGGCCAGAAACUCUGGGCGGCAGAGCGUCUUGGUGAAAACGAUGUGCGCGUUCUUUACCCCGGCUAUAUUGAAGACUUUCCUGUGGACUUUGAAAACAACCCAGACUACAUGGGUAGCCCCAACAUUGUGAGUUUUGCGGUUGAGCAGGGCUGGUGGAACCCAAACAGCGCCAAGCCUUUUAACAUAUUCAACGCAUACGCACCCCAAGAAGAGGGAUACACUGCACGAGACGGCGGAGCGAAGUACAUGUCACAAGCUGCGCUUGAAGAUGCGACCCGCGCAAUGGCUCCUGUAACGGAGAAAGACCUCAUUGAGCGCGUUCGCGACUACAGAAUCUCAGACGAUGAAGCCGGUUACGGCCAAGUCGUGUCCCUACGUCCAAAUAUGGACCCUGAUCUGAUCCGUGUUUGGGUUGCGCCUACCGGUUCAGUAACAGCAGCUUUCAACCCAUGGUGGCUGGGUGUCAAAAGCAUUCCGCCAGAGUAUGGACUACAUCGCUACCUGUACAAGGAUGCCGCAGCAACAUUUCUGGAUACUGACUACCAGUAUCAAGAAGCCACCCAAUUUGCUGGACGCAUCUUCAAAAAAGUACUCUACUACACGUGCUCAGAUCCCGAAAGUUAUCUGCCCGUUGUGCAAAACAUGCUGCACGGAUUUGAGAAUGCAUCUUUUGCUGACAUGGAAUGGGUCGAAAGAGCUGCCCAUACAAUGGUGGAGGCCGGGCAACGGGAUCACGCACUGGAUCUUUUGACAUUCUACUCGCAUGCAAGAGCAGAGAAGGCACUGGCGCUUGGAAGGACCAUGGCCGAUGCCCUUGAUGCAUAUGUGAAGCUUACGGGUCAGUUCCGCAUGCCGAGUGGCGAUCGAAUCAAUGAUCCUGGGCUUGGGGCUGAGACAGUAAACUGUUUGGUAGGAUGGGAUCCGGAUCAACCAGCUGACAAGCAGAAACCUUUGAAGAAAUUUCGACGAUCAAAAUGA